AUGUCAAGAUCAGGAUCCAAAUCAAGGUCAAAGUCGAGAUCAGGAUCAAGAUCCAACUCAAGAUCAAGAUCCAAGUCAAGGUCAGGAUCCAAGUCAAGGUCCAACUCAAGAUCAAGAUUCAAGUCAAGGUCAGGAUCCAAGCUGAGGUCCAAGUCAAGAUCAACGUCCAAGUCAAGGUCCAAGUCGAGAUCAGGAUCACGACCCAACUCAAGAUCAAGAUCCAAGUCAAGGUCCAAGUCAAGUUUAAGGUCCAAGUCAAGGUCAGGAUCCAAGUCAAGGUCCAAGUCCAAGUCAAGAUCAAGAUCCAAGUCAAGAUCAAGAUCCAAGUCAAGGUCCAAGUCAAGUUUAAGGUCCAAGUCGAGGUCCAAGUCAAGAUCAGGAUCACAACUCAACUCAAGAUCAGGAUCCAAGCUGAGGUCCAAGUCAAAAUCAAGAUCCAAAUCAAGAUCCAAGUCAAGGUCCAAGUCAAGGUCCAAGUCAAGGUCCAAGUCAAGUUUAAGGUCCAAGCUAAGAUCAGGACCAAGAUCCAAGUCAAGGUCAAGGUCCAAGUCAAGAUCAAGGUCCAAAUCAAGGUCCAAGUCAAGAUCAGGAUCAAGACCCAACUCAAGAUCAAGAUCCAAGCCAAGAUCCAAGUCAAGAUCAAGAGCCAAGCUGAGGUCCAAGUCAAGAUCAAGAUCCAAAUCAAGGUCAAAGUCAAGAUCAGGAUCAAGAUCCAACUCAACAUCAAGAUCCAAGUCAAGAUCCAAGUCAAGAUCCAACUCAAGAUCAAGAUCCAAGUCAAGGUCAGGAUCCAAGGUGAGGUCCAAGUCAAGAUCAAGGUCCAAGUCAAGAUCAACAUCCAAGUCAAGGUCCAAGUCGAGAUCAGGAUCACAAUCCAACUCAAGAUCAAGAUCCAAGUCAAGGUCCAAGUCAAGUUUAAGGUCCAAGUCAAGGUCAGGAUCCAAGUUGAGGUCCAAGUCAAGAACAGGAUCAUGACCCAACUCAAGAUCAAGAUCCAAGGUGAGGUCCAACUCAACAUCAAGAUCCAGAUCAAGAUCCAACUCAAGAUCAAGGUCCAAGUCAAGAUCAAGGUCCAAGUCAAGGUCAAGACCCAAGUCAAGAUCAAGAUCCAAAUCAAGGUCCAAGUCAAGAUCAAGAUCCAAGUCAAGAUCAAGAUUGACAUCAAGGCCAGGGUCAAGACCCAAGUCAAGAUCAAGACCAAAUGAAGAUCAAGAUCCACAUCAAGGUCAAGCUGAACAUGCCCAGGUGUGCGCAGGUGCCCCAGCUCUGCCCAGGUGCAUCCCCAGGUACGCACUCGACGGGCAGCGCCCGUGCCACGCCGUGCCCGCGGGUGUGUGUGCGCUGCAGCAGCGAGUACAGGUGGGGCAGCAGGCGGUGCAUCCCCAGGUACGCACUCGACGGCGCGGCAGGCGCCACGCCGCGCCCCCCGGCCCCCUGCGCGCCGCUGCAGCAGCGAGUACAGGUGGGGCAGCAGGCGGUGCCCCCAGGUGUGCCCAGCUGUGCCCAGGUGCAUCCCCAGGUACGCACCCGGCGGGCAGCGCCCGUGCCACGCCGUGCCCGCGGCUGUGGGCGCGCUGCAGCAGCGAGUACAGGUGGGGCAGCAGGCGGUACCGCGUGCCCAGGUGCGCCCGCGUCGAGUUGAGCAGCAGCGAACGGGCGCCGAACGCAGCCGGGUCCUGA